AUGAAUACUAACGUACUCACAAAGGAGCAAUUACAACAGUUUGAUAGAGAUGGGUGCUUGGCUAUUCCCAACUUUUUCACUUCAGUCAAAGCACAAGAACUCAGGACAGCAGCUGAAAACUUACUCGAGAACUUAUCGUUAGAUGGCCAUCCAAUGACGAAGUUUACUACGGGUACAACAGAAGAAAAUAAGCAUGUAGGCGACGAUUACUUUCUGCAAUCUGGUAAUAAAAUACGCUACUUCUUCGAAGAGGGAGCUUUCAAUGAGAAAGGCGAUUUAAUCAGACAAAAAGAAAGAGCUAUCAAUAAAAUCGGUCAUGGUUUGCAUAUGUUGCAUCCUUUAUUCAAAGAAUUCUCAACAAAUAAAACCAUUUCAACAAUAGCAAAGCAGUUAGGAUUUCGGUCACCACAAAUUUUACAAUCAAUGUUGAUAUUUAAGCAGCCUUAUAUAGGUGGUCAAGUCCCUUCUCAUCAAGACUCUUCUUUUUUAUACACUGAACCUUUGUCUGCAGUUGGGUUCUGGUUCGCUUUAGAGGACGCUACGGUAGAAAAUGGCUGCUUAUGGUUCAUACCUGGAUCACACAAAACAACGCCGAUUGACAAAAGAUUUGUAAGGAAUCCUAACGGAUCUGGUACUAUAUUUAUUGAUAGUGCAUCUCAAAAGGAGCUGCAACAAAGCGUCCAAAACGAAGAUGAGAAGGAAUUUGUUAAACUUGAAGUAAAAGCGGGCACAUUAGUUUUGAUUCAUGGUUCUGUUGUCCAUAAAUCUGGUCCUAAUUUAUCAGAAAAAUCGAGAUAUAUCUAUACUUUCCACUGCAUAGAUGGUGAAGCUAAAUAUCCCAAAAAUAACUGGUUACAACCGGAAGACGGUGAGUGCUUCACCUCUAUUUAA